AUGGGUCACGCUGGAGCAGCGCCUUCCGCCAUGCCUUACAAAUUCAUGAACCUACGAAAGAUCUCUCGAGUGGACAGUGGAGAUUUGAUUCAAGAACUGCGCAGAUUAGAGCGAAAGACAUUUCCUUCGUCAGAAGUCUUCCCAUUCGAGCAGAGUAUCUUGAGCAGACAAAACACCGAGGUUCUUGUUGGGCUGUCUGAUGCGCCAACCCUAGACGACAGGGGCUGGGAGCAAGACUUCUGGAAAUGCUCGUUCAACAAGCCCGUACAUGGUCUUGCCGAGGAAUUGACCUCUGGGUCCACCAAGAAAACUAUAGCGCCAUACGUCUAUACACCACUUCUGGAUUUCUGGUGCAAGACACAGUUGACGAUUACUAUGCUCCUGGGCAAACUGGGAUUAAAAUGUCACACCCUUUGCAGCCCUGAAACGGACUUUUGA